AUGUUUUCCCAACACGGUUUACAAUUGUAUAGAUUUUUAAGACAUAUUAGCAAGAAAGGAACAGAGUUUUCUUCGUUGCGGAACAAAUAUUGUACUUACACAAUGAAGUACUUGGAACAAAAUGAAGCAAUAAACAUCGACCAAGAAUUGUUUACCACAUACAAAUUCAGUGUCGAUCAACUAAUGGAGUUGGCUGGUUUAAGUUGCGCAGUAUCUAUUGCUGAAUGUUAUCCUUUAAAGAAAAUUAAUAAAGCUGUUCUCGUGUGCUGUGGACCCGGUAAUAACGGAGGUGACGGACUUGUUUGUGCCAGGCACCUGAAAUUAUUUGGUUAUAACCCUGUUGUAUAUUAUCCCAAAAGAACGGAGAAGGAGUUGUAUCAGAAUUUAACAGUUCAGUGUAAAGCAAUGGAAAUACCAUUUCUGGAACAAGUCCCUGAUGUGAAUGAACUAAAUUGUACAUAUGAUCUUCUCGUAGAUGCUUUGUUUGGUUUUAGUUUCAAGCCUCCAGUACGUCCGGAAUUUGCAAGUAUUUUAGAUGGUCUGCAAGAAACACACACACCAAUCUGUAGUAUUGAUAUACCUAGUGGUUGGGAUGUUGAAACUGGCAUUCCUGCAAGUGGGGGUAUUAAACCAGAGUUACUUAUAUCGUUGACUGCCCCUAAAAAGUGUGCUAAUACGUUUAAAGGAAAAUAUCACUAUCUGGGUGGAAGAUUUGUUCCUCCUGCAUUAGCCACAAAGUAUAAUCUGAACUUGCCUGAUUAUCCUGGAACUAGUUGUUGCAUAAAAUUGAAUUGA